AGGGAGGCUCAUCCCGGCAUCCUGAGGGGAGGUAAUUUGCACGGAUCAAGGGGGCAAGGCGCCGCAAAGUAUAAAUACUGUGACUUCAAUAGAGGAUCACCAGCAGGUUCCCAACUCCGCAACCAAAGAGGAGGAAUUGGCUGAGAAGAUACAUCUUCUUCCAUUUUUCACCUUGGUUGGCCGCAUCACCUUGUCUCAUUUUCAAGGGGUCGAAUUUGAAACGAGCCACACCAUUGAUGUCUUAAGCUGUCGUGGAGCUAAGGGAGAGAGUGCGUGUGCACGUGUGAAUGAGUGUGUGGUGUGUGUGAUUUUUUUUUAUUUUUUUUUUACCCCGAGAGGAGAGGAAGGAGUGAUGGAAGAGCUCACCGCUUUCGUGUCUAAGUCUUUCGAUCAGAAAGUGAAGGAGAAGAAGGAAGUGAUAACCUACAGAGAGGUGCUGGAGACCGGGGCGACGCGAGCAGGGAGCCGGGAGUCUUUAUCCUCCGAGCCCGGGAGCCGAGAGGAGGCGGCCGCCGUGAACCGGAACGUUGCGCUCUCGCCGGGCAGGGAAACGGACAUGCUCGGCCCGGAGAGGAUCAGGGACGGCGGGAGCCCCAAACUCAUAGACGGCACCACGGACGUGAAAGAGAGGAAAGAGGACUCCAAGCCUAUAGAGGACGAGACGCAAACGAAAAUCAAGCAGAGGAGAAGUCGGACUAACUUCACGUUAGAGCAGCUCAAUGAGCUGGAGCGGCUCUUCGACGAGACCCACUACCCGGACGCCUUCAUGCGGGAGGAGCUCAGCCAGCGUCUGGGGCUGUCGGAGGCUCGAGUUCAGGUUUGGUUCCAGAAUAGAAGAGCCAAAUGCAGAAAGCAGGAAAACCAGUUACAUAAAGGAGUCCUGAUUGGAGCUGCGAAUCAGUUUGAAGCUUGUCGUGUAGCACCAUAUGUCAACGUGGGGGCUUUAAGGAUGCCAUUCCAACAGGAUAGUCAUUGCAACGUGCCGCCCUUCUCCUUUCAGGUGCAGGCGCAGCUCCAGCUGGACAGCGCCGUGGCCCACGCGCAGCACCACCUGCACUCUCACCUGGCGGCGCAUGCGCCCUACAUGAUGUUCCCCGCGCCGCCGUUCGGUUUGCCGCUCGCGACCCUCGCGGCUGAGUCCGCCUCCGCCGCCUCCGUCGUGGCCGCCGCGGCGGCCGCCAAGAACACCAGCAAGAACUCCAGCAUCGCCGACCUGAGACUGAAGGCCAAAAAGCACACGGCCGCCCUGGGACUGUGA